AUGGGCACUUUCACAUUCCAAUGGCCUUAUGAUGCAAACGAGGUGUUCGUCACAGGCACUUUCGAUGACUGGGGUAAGACGGUGAAACUGGACCGGGUGGGAGACGUCUUCCUCAAGAAGGUGGAUAUUUCGCCCGCGCAAAAAGUUCAAUACAAGUUUGUUGUUGACGGCAUUUGGACUACCGACACCAACGUACGUGAGGAGGACGACGGUCAUAAUAACCUCAACAACGUACUAUUGCCCGAAGAGAUCGAGACCGAUAGCUCCACCAACGUCGCCCCCACUAUGUCCGGCGUGACCCCCGAUUCUACAACCGCGGCGCUCGCUGCUAAUGUUCCCAAGGAGCCCAACGGAAAUCUGCCCGGUACCUUCCCUGAUACCCCGGGACAGGAGUCCGAACCAACGCUGUCCGUGGAUCCCAUUCCAGCUUCCGAAGGUUAUGGCAACCCCGUCAGCCUGAACCCGGGCGAGGAAGUGCCUCAUCACAGCACUCUCCACAACAACACCGUGGAAUCCACUGUAAACUUGGAUAAAGAGUCGUACGAGAAAGGUCAAACUCUUCCUCUGGGCGCCGGAAAUCAAAACCCCAGCGAUAACCUCGACCCUUUGGCAUUUAACAUCCCCCCAGUCACGAACAACAUGAUUCCUGAAUCCAGCCUUCCCAUGGGUGGACCUGCGCAACGCGCAACUGAGAGUGAGUCCGAGCCGACAUAUUCGGUGUCCCCGAUCUAUAGCGGAGGUCCGGCGCAACAGGCAGCCCUGGCCGAUCCUGGAUAUACCAUCCAGUCGGCUGGGCCUAACUCUACCACAGCGGCACUGGCUGCCGGCGUGCCGCUAGAGUCGAAGGGCAAGCAGCCCAACGGCGACCAGCUAGUCGAGGAUGUCCCCCAAGUAGUGAAGGACUCGUUUGCCGAGGCUCACAAGGACCCAGAGGCUGCUGCCUAUACGGAAGCAGUCGAGGAGAAGAAAGCAAUCGAGGAGGAAAUUCACAAGCAUGUCCAAGUUGAAGAGUCGGGAGGAGCUCCGGCGCCUACCAUCACCGCGGUCACCCAGCCGGUUGCGCCCCAUCUCGCUGUUCCUGCUGGGGUAGAUUCGGCAGAUGUGUCGCCCACUUCGAGCCCUCCACCUGGUCGCAGUGCUGUCGCCGCCACCCCAUCUUCGGCGCUGAAGAAUACCGAGUCCACUGGUCCGACGGUCACAACUGGCCCUGAGACAACCUCUACUGCCGAAACCUCGACGGCGAAACCUGCAGAGCCCGCUGAGACGGCUGGAGCCGAUCCGGUUCAGGCACCUGCGACCUCGCCUGCGAAGCCUGCGCAACAGUCUCCUCCCACACAAUCGUCCCCCAGUACCGGAGGUACUUCUACUAAUGGCGAGAAGAAGAAGAAGAAGCACCGUCUAAGUGGCUUCUUCGGCAAGCUUAAGGAGAAGCUUAAAUAA